AUGCCUUCCACGGCCACCACCUUUUUGGACUCUCCGCUGCUCAAGGUGAGCCGUCCCGUCGCCGCCUGCUCGCGAUGUCGUACCGCGAAGAUCAAGUGCGACGGUAAGCUCCCCGCUUGUUCCGCCUGCGAGAAGGUCGGAAAGGCCAGUACCUGCUCCGGGGCUAGCGAUGAGUUCGCCAAAGGAAAAGAACGCAGCUAUGUAGCAUCCCUCGAGGGCUACUGUGAGAAGCUCGAAAAGAAGAUCUCUCAACUCCGAGUUCGUCAAACCUCCCUCUCCGCCGAAGGGAAUGGCGUCGCGCGCGAGAUGUCUAUCACGUCCACCGGUUCGGAGGGCCCCUUGAGCACCGCACAUCGUCGAGAAGUGUCCGAUAUCGAUGACCUCGUGGGAGAUUUUGGUUUCCUAUCAGUCAACGCCACGUCGCGAGACUUUCACGGUAUCACGUCCAAGACUACUUUUGCCAAUCUCCUCUUAUCAGUCGCGACGGUGGGAUAUCCCCCCCAGCGCACACCCAAAGCGCUGCCUGCCCGGCACGAAGCAACCCCGUUACUGCAGAUCUACUUUGACAACGUUUUUGUCCAACUACCCUUCUUUGUGGAAACGAGCUUUUGGACCUCGGUAGAUGCCGUUUAUCAGUCAGGGGGACGUUUUGCCAAACCCUUUGACCAUUGGAUGUUGCGUAUGGUGCUUGCCAUCGCCUCCGCCUCAGUCUCAUCUCAGAACAAUGAUAAGGCUCACAAACGGGCUUGGGCUUUGGUUUCAGAAGCUCUGGCAUUUGCCGAAGAUGUCCUACGCCCGGGGUCUAUCACGUGCAUCCAGGCGAUCUUGCUGCUUGCACAAUAUGCCCUGAUAGACCCGGGCCGCUUUCGCAGUUGGCAUCUCGUCGGAAUGGCUGUCAGAGUCGCGGUGGAUCUCGGUCUGCACCAGGACCCUCCUGCAGAGGUUCUAUCCAAUAUGGAUCGCCUCGACCUUCGCCGGCGUGUGUUCCACUGCCUCUACUCCUUAGAUAGAGGAAUGAGCACUGCCUUACAGAGAACCUUCUCCUUUUCUGAUGCUUCCGUCAACGUUGCUAUGCCAUCGGCCGGCACGGGGGUCUCGCCUGGUGAACACAAUCACAUCUUCCUACGAAGCCCAGCCCCCGCCCUUCACAUCGUUAAGAUACGACAAAUCCUUUCCAGUGGAUACCAAGAUAUGUACUACAGUAGCCGUGAGGUAUCAACGCAAUCACUGGUCUCAAUAUGGACACUCUGCUCACAAAGUCAACAAUGGUACAACGAAUGUCCCAAGAGCACCCCCAACCACUUCUCCCUUCUCUACCGCCUUGAGCUCAUUUAUACCAUUAUCAUCCUCCUCUCUCCCUCCCACAGAUACCCCAUCCUCGACGACUACAACAAAGCGCUCCUGUUCGACCGGUGCAUGGACUACAUCAGCCAGAUUCACCAAGUGCUGGCGAAUCCAAGUCUUCUCCCAUUCCUUACCUUUUUCGACAUCCAGCGCGUGCAUCAAGUCGGCCAUAAAUUUGUCGAGAUUCUCUCCGACAACUUCGACAUGCUCCUAAGCCCCACGGUCCCUUCUCCCCCUCCUGUCCCAGCCGGCACCCCGGAUCCCCCCAAACUGCACGAAGAAGACCGCCUCAACACCCGGCCUCGUGCAAUCCGCUGCAUUGACUACAUUCGAGAUCUGUUGAAAGUCUGCGCGAGGAAAUGGGAUCUAAGGGCUCCGCUCGAGGAGUUUGAGAGACUAUCGGCGCCAUUGGGGAAGAUGUUGGUGGACAGCUCGAUGAGCUAUGUAACAACCCAAGGGGCAUAUACGCAGGCCCCCUUAUCCGGAUUGCCGCUGGCCGGUAAUGGGUACCCCGGUUAUCACCUGGGUUAA